CCCCCCUGAAAUGGCCCCGAAGAAACCGCCGCCCGCGGCGGCGGCCAACAAGAAGGCGGAUCAGAAGAAGAAGGAGAAGAUCAUCGAGGACAAAACCUUUGGUUUAAAGAACAAGAAAGGGGCAAAGCAGCAGAAGUUUAUCAAGGCUGUGACCCAUCAAGUGAAAUUUGGUCAGCAAAACCCACGGCAGGCUGCUGUAACAGAUGCUGACAAGAAACUAAAAAAAGACGACAAGAAGAAAGAGUUACAGGAGCUAAACGAGCUGUUCAAACCUGUAGUUGCUGCCCAGAAAAUUAGCAAAGGUGCCGAUCCCAAAUCUGUGGUCUGUGCUUUCUUCAAGCAAGGGCAGUGCACGAAAGGAGACAAGUGCAAGUUCUCUCACGACUUGUCUUUGGAGAGAAAGUGCGAAAAGAGAAGUGUAUACAUUGAUGCACGAGAUGAAGAGCUUGAAAAGGACACAAUGGAUAACUGGGAUGAGAAGAAGUUGGAAGAGGUGGUGAACAAGAAGCAUGGUGAGGCCGAAAAGAAAAAACCCAAAACGCAAAUAGUCUGCAAGUAUUUCCUCGACGCCAUCGAAAACAACAAGUACGGAUGGUUUUGGGUCUGCCCUGGCGGCGGAGACAACUGCAUGUACCGCCAUGCCCUUCCUCCAGGCUUUGUGCUCAAAAAGGACAAGAAGAAGGAAGAAAAGGAAGAGCAGAUUUCUUUAGAAGAUCUAAUAGAGAAAGAGCGUGCUGCUUUAGGACCAAAUGUUACGAAAAUUACGUUAGAGUCUUUCCUUGCAUGGAAGAAAAGGAAAAGACAAGAAAAGAUUGAUAAGGCUGAACAAGAUAUGGAAAGAAGGAAAGCUGACUUCAAGGCUGGCAAAGCUUUGGUGAUCAGUGGGCGUGAAGUGUUUGAGUUCCGGCCAGAGCUUGUGGACGCGGAUGAUGAAGAGGCGGAUGACACCCAUUACAUUCAAGACACUGGCGAAGAUGAGAUCGAUGAGCUCGUGAGCGUAAAUGAUGUGGACUUGAACCUCUAUGUUCCAAAAGCUGUGGAUGAGACUGGAAUUACUGUCGCUAGUCUUGAACGAUUCAGCACGUAUACUUCAGCUGAAAAGGAUGAUAACAAGCUGAGCGAAGCAUCGGGAGGUGGACUGGAGAACGGGCUGGAAAGUGAUUUGGAAGCUUCCAGCGAUGUUGAAGACGCCCAGGAAAAUGGAAUAAUGGAUGCCGUUCCGGUCGAUGAAAAUCUUUUUACCGGCGAGGACUUGGAGGAACUAGAAGAAGAGCUAAACACACUUGACUUAGAAGAAUGAUUAACCAAACUCAAAUACGAAUUUAAAAUCUGCUUGGCAAAGUGAAUACUGGCUCCAUCGUGUUUGUCUGCAGUUUCUUAAAUGGAGUGUUCUUGGUUCCUCAAGUGAUUCUGGAAGGAAC